CUCUUCUACAACUUACCGCACACCCCCAGUCCUUCUCCGCCUUUCCCAUUUGGGUCAUAUGUGCCGCUCGCCAGUUCUCCCACCUGUCACAGUUGCCAGCUUCAACACAGCCAGAGAGGCAGCCUACCAGAGGCAUUGCUGAAAUAAAACCACACCAAAUAAUUGCAGAAAAUAUUGCAGAAAGCGACAGACACAGCAUUGAAUACACUGAAUUUCUGCGAAGCGUGGGAAUGCCAUAGCAAUGCCCGGUGUUCCUUCAUAUCGUGGUUGUGAUGCUUGUCACAAGCAGAAGAAAAGGUGUGAUCAAGCCUCUCCUGCAUGUGCAAGAUGCACACGCCUCAAGAUUCCCUGCGUGGGAAAGGGACAGUUGCGCUACAAGUUCAAGACACAGACGGUUGUGAUCCAAACAGCCGAAAGCUUCAAGGCCAUGACCCUCGCCAAGUCUAGAGCUCCCAAGCCCUUCACGGUGCAGAUGCCACACAACCCGAGCAACGAGGUGUCCCAGCUCGCCGACUCAUUUGCCGCCUUGCUGCAGUUUACAGAUCCCCAGUACGACCUGACGUGUUUUGGUCCCUGGUUCUUAGGGAUUCCUAAGCGGCUGGGCGCAAGCCCGGUACUUGAUGCUGCCGCGGCGGCGUUUGUGUCGGGCCUGCGCAGGGUCCGCACGUCAGGCGAACAGGACGUGGGCUCCCUGGUCAAGUAUGGCGCUGCGCUCAAAUCUCUCCGCGAUACCUUACAGAGGCCUAGCGACGCCAAGUCUCCCUACACCCUCUGCGCCAUCUUUCUCAUCAUGAUUGCUCAGGCUUGGUUCUCCAAAGAGGCCGAUGGCCAAGCUAGCCACAUGGAAGGGGUAGCACACCUCCUCAACGCUAGUGCCGGAGAGGAAUGGACUGAUGAGUUCAAUUCCACUAUGCGUCUCAAUAUGAUUUACCCGACGUCCGUGGAAGCUAUUUUAAAUCCGAACAUCAAGGUCAAUCCCUGGUAUCUGACCCAAUGGAAACCCAUCUAUGGGCCUUACAUGCCGCUUGACGAAGAGCGUGGCCAGCCUAUCGAGAGCCUGGACGUCCCCGCCGUCCUCGACUUCCCCAAAUUUGUUAGGGAACCCGAGCUUCAUUUGCAUGAAAUGCGUGUCUCUUACACCCGUCUCAAGGCCGAGUGCUCCUUUUCUCUUAGUCGAGUCGGGAUGAUGGAAGACAUUGUGGCGGCAGAAAAACCUCCCAAGCCCGACCAAAUGCGGGCGCUUGUGCAGCUAGAGACCGCUUACACGCUCCUCCUCUGCUACGCUUUGGUACUCAAUGCGCUAUUAUGCGCCAUGGAUCCUUUGGAGCCCACGCUGUAUCUUGAGGCCCUAGAUUUGUCACGGCAAGCUAUCGACAUUACCAAGCGAUCAGCAGACCACGUGCCCCUAGGCACAGGAUGCAUCCCGGUUGCCCUCUUUGCAGCAUGGAUUGCAACGGACGAUGAAGAAAUUGUGCAGGGCAUCAUUGCCUCGCUCAAGGCAGUGGAUGUGCAUUUUGUAGACACCAAGUAUGUCCGACAAAUGCGCGACCUGAAGCGGCGAGUCCGCAAACUGAAGAGGGACUCAUUAGACAGGCUCGAAAAGGAGCAGUCUGGCAGUCCCAGCACCAUCUACGAUGACUUAGUCUUUGACAACAUUGAUUUUAAUUGGGGGCUUGGGUCGGUCUCACCAAGCUCUUCCAUCUAACAUAAACCUGAUACCUCUCUUCUCUGCUUGAAUAUUUUACGGCGCUCGGAGUUCAUACCAUCUUACAAGGAUCAUCGAAUUAUACUGCAUUAGAAAUACACUGCGUUCUUCGCUUCGCUUGCUUUGCUCCUUCUUGUGCGCUUUGGGCAGCCGCCGUUUUCGGGGUCUAACACUCGGCGAGGUGCCCAUGGAACUUUUGUCACUAAUUCAUUACUGAUGGCCACGGCCCCCAUUCAUACGAAAGGAAAGACGGCUGUUUUGGUACAGCCAAGAUUUCAUCCAGCGUGAUUGUUUCUUGCUAAGCGGGUUUCAUGUGUAGAGCUAGGGGAACCGUCCGCAGCCGACGUGGCAGCGCCUCUUGAACAGGGUACAGCAUCGAUAUUAGACACUUUGGUUGCAGAAUCCACAAGCCUUAGCGGAGCUUCGUUCCUAGCGGAAUACGCCGCACCCCCUCUAGUUCUCCAUAAGAAGGUAUAUGGGGGCGACGGUCAGGCUGACCUGGCUGCACAUGAGCGUACGCACGAUUGGAGUCUGCGGCGCACGCCCAUUUGCUUUGUUUGAACUCGGUGAACAGAGCUCUUCUUGCGAGAAUUUAGCUUAAAACUCGUUGCGCACAACUAUCCUCGGCUUGUGGCUAAAACGCUCUGCUUACGGCCCCGAUUAGCGAUAACCUCGGGCUUAUUGUGUAAGUCAGCUAAUGUGGCCUUUAUGAUUCCGCGAGGAUGAUACAGAGGGAGACCUAAGCUGGCCGUGGAACUGUUCGCCUGGGGCAGUCGGAUCGUAUGCCCGAGAACCGUGGUAAGACGACCAGGUGCCGAGGCGGGAGAGUGUGCUGACAGGCUACGUCGAUCCGCUCACAUCGAGCGUCGAGGCUCACGCACCUCUUUGAAUUUGGUAUUUGUAUUACGAAUUCGUCUGGUUCCAUUCGAAACAAAAGGACCAUUAAGCAAGGAACGGCCGGAGGCAGGCGGUACGACUUUCUCACUGCAACCGCCACUUAGACGCCACGCCCUCAUGCGAAUCGCUUGCAACUGGAGCACUGAACUGCAGCACGCUCUAGGGUUUCAUUUGCAAAGAGCACUGGCGUGGUUUAUUUUAGAAUACUAUACCGUAUUUGGACAGCUCACCAGGACACAUGGUUUACUAAAACACGCCCCUAUUUCUCAACGAGCGCACGACAAACCCCGUCGUGGUCUGUGACACUUUGGGAUAUGUGUACCUUGCUAGACGUUAGCGGUGAUGAGCUAGUGAUGACUUGCUACCCAUGCUUCGGAUAAUCGG